UGACGUACAACCAGUGAUGGUGUAUAUGUGCGUGUGUGUACAGAAUGCCGUUAUCAUUAUAUUGUGGAGCUAUAGCUACUGAAGUUAAGACACUUGGACACAUCUUGUUGAUCAUUGGUCUGAUAGUUAUAGUGUUAUUAGGCCUGCACUGGGUACUUAUGAGGUUUUAUCUCUGUUCAACGGGGCCUCGGAAAGCAGACAGAUUGCUUCACUUCCCACCAACACAAUAUGAUCAAUCAUCACGCAAACAUGAGCAGCAAACCAGCUCUACCGUUGAACUAAGCAGUAAGCACUAACACAACCGAGGAAUAGCCUAAAGCCCAUACAAGCAUCGGAUAUGCAUAAAAAGGAGUGAACAACGACGACAGCGUAGAAAACACACGCAAGCAUGUCCGUUGUUUCAAACCACCAACUCCUCCAUAAGAAGUGGUGAAAC